AUGCAGCUCGUUACAUCCGCUCUCGUCGCCGCCCUUGUGGCUGGCAAUGCAUUUGCUGCCCCCAUCAAUGAGAAGCGUCAGGUUGCGCCAGAGGUGCCGUACGAGGUCGGCUUGACAUACGGCGAUUACGGACGAGAGAGUGCUGCGAAGGCUGAGAAGCGCCAGUUCCAGGACGAGGUCCCAUAUGAAGUCGGCUUGACCUACGCAGACUACGGCCGCGAAGGCGCUGCAAAGGCUGAUAAGCGUCAGCUCUCCCCAGAAGUCCCAUACGAAGUCGGCCUCACAUACGGAGAUUAUGGUCGCGAGAGCGCUGCCAAGGCCGAGAAGCGCCAGUUCCAGGAAGAGGUCCCAUAUGAAGUCGGCCUCACAUACGCUGACUACGGAAGAGAGGGUGCCGCAAAGGCCGAAAAGCGCCAAUUCCAAGACGAAGUCCCCUACGAAGUCGGCUUGACCUAUGCUGACUACGGUCGCGAGGGUGCUACCAAGGUCGAGAAGCGCCAGCACGCCCCAGAAGUUCCCUACGAAGUCGGCCUCACAUAUGCUGACUACGGUCGUGAAGGCCGCGAGAGCGGCGUGACGACUCUCAACAACUAG